AUGGCGGCUCUCAGCAAGCUCGCCGAGUCCAUGACGCCAAGGAAAACCGCAGUUGUUAGCGGACUAGCCCUUGCCGCCUUCAUAGCAUAUCAUCGUUUGACGGCCAAAGUAAAAGGAAAACGGUUGGCUGCAGAAGAACUGCCUGUUGUCAUUGCACCAUCGGUUUCUGAUAAAAAGGAAAAAGCUGCUGUUGAUAAAGUCUUCUUCAGACGGUUGCUCAAAAUUCUACGUAUUCUUGUGCCAGGAUGGUUCACCCAAGAGGCCUGGUACAUGACCAUUGUGGCAUUGGCACUGGUGGCAAGGACAUACUGCGACGUGUGGAUGAUCACCAAUGGCACUUACAUUGAAAGUGCGAUCAUUGGUCGUGAUGUCGAGUUGUUCAAGAAAUACCUGUUCAGGUUUAUAUAUGCCAUGCCUGGGAUUUCCUUAGUGAACAACAUAAUGAAGUAUGGCUUGAACAUGUUGAAACUCAGAUUCAGAACCAGGCUUUCCAACCAUCUUUACGACAAAUAUCUCCAGGGUUUUACUUACUACAAAAUGUCCAACUUGGAUAACAGAUUGUCUAAUGCUGACCAGCUCCUCACCCAAGAUGUUGAGAAAUUCUGUGACUCAGUUGCAGAGCUGUACUCUAAUCUGAGCAAGCCAUUGCUAGAUGUUGUUCUUUACACUGUCAGACUGACAGGUGCAAUUGGAAUACAGGGUCCCGGCUUCAUGUUAUUUUACCUGACCAUGACGGGACUGAUACUCACCAGACUACGCCGUCCUAUUGGAAAGCUGACUGUGAUUGAGCAGAAACUGGAAGGAGAGUAUAGAUAUGUCAACUCUCGUCUCAUCACAAACAGUGAAGAAAUUGCAUUUUAUCAGGGAAACGAAAAGGAGCAUUUUGUGAUAAACUCUUCAUUUAAAAAACUGAUUAGCCACAUUGAAAACUUCAUCUUCUUCAGACUUCAGAUGGGAAUUGUGGAUAACAUUGUUGCUAAAUAUUUAGCAACAGUUGUUGGUUAUCUGGUAGUGAGCCGUCCAUUCCUCAAUCUUGCCACUCCUAAAUUCCUGACCAGUACGCACAGUGAGAGACUUGAGGAUUACUACAAGAGUGGGCGCAUGUUGGUGAAGAUGGCAGAGGCUAUUGGUCGGAUUGUCCUGGCAGGCCGGGAGAUGACCAGACUUGCUGGUUUCACAGCUCGGGUAACUGAUCUGAUUAAAGUGCUAGAUGACCUCAAUAAAGGUCAUUAUGAGAGGACAAUGGUUCAGGGAGAAAAUGGCAGAGUGACAGAGAACAACAAAAUGACCUUAAAACCAGGCAGUGGAAAACUGGUGUUCCAAGACCAUAUUAUCAAAUUUGACCGUGUUCCCCUUGUUACACCAAAUGGAGAUGUGUUGAUAAAGGAACUCACUUUUGAGGUGAGGUCAGGGAGGAAUGUGCUCGUGUGUGGACCAAAUGGCUGUGGCAAGAGCUCACUUUUCAGGACACUGGGCGAGCUAUGGCCCUUGUUUGGUGGCACGAUGACUAAGCCUGACAAAAGGAAGCUGUUUUACAUUCCACAGCGUCCUUACAUGACAGUGGGUACGUUACGAGAUCAAGUGAUCUACCCAGACACUCACGAGCAGCAGAUCCAAAAAAGGGUGAAAGACAAAGACCUAGAGGCCAUACUGGAAAAGGUUCAACUUGCAUAUGUUCUGGAGAGGGAAAAUGGUUGGAAUGCUGUGCAGGAUUGGAUGGAUGUGCUAAGUGGAGGAGAAAAACAAAGAAUUGCUAUGGCACGGCUGUUCUACCAUAAGCCUCAGUUUGCCAUACUUGAUGAGUGCACAAGUGCUGUCAGUGUUGAUGUUGAAGGAUACAUGUACAAACACUGCAGAGAGGUCGGAAUUACACUAUUUACCGUUUCGCACAGGAAGUCUCUAUGGGAGCAUCAUGAGUACUACCUUCACAUGGAUGGUAGAGGAUCAUACGUGUUUAAGGAGAUCACUCCUGACACAGUAGAGUUUGGGUCGUAGAACAAUCCUGUAUUCUACAUGUGUUGUGAUUUAUCGUGUGUCGGGUUCACCCAGUACCUGUACAGAUAUAAACAGAGGGGACCGGUUUGUUUUACAGAAUUAUUCUAAUGCUCACGGAGUAUACAAGGGUGUAAUUUAUUAGAUUGUGUGGUAGGCAUAUUUGUAUGUUUAAAUGUUAAAGCCAGAAUAAAUAAUGUUUUUAGAAAAAUUUGUAUUUUCAUUCUUUCUUCACUUUUGUGUUUUUCGAAGAUUGUAUCAAAUUUAAUUUUGCGUUUUCAUUAUUGAGUUACUUAUGAUUUUACGAGUACUAUAUUGUAUGACAAUUCUUUCUCAGUUUAGUAAAAUCAACCUGAAUCAAUUCAAUCUUGUCAGAGAUCCUGUUCACGGUCAUGAAAGUCUGAGGGAUUCAUUAUUGUUCAUGUAAAUUAUGUUCUUCUGGACAUACUGGUGUUUACAUAAAAGGAUUAUUUUGCUUACAGUUAUGGUAAAUGACCAAAAUUUUGGCCAAAAAAGUGACCAGAAAAAAAUGCUUGUUAAGAGGCAAGCAAAUGUAAUGAAAUAUUACUUUUAGUGAUGAAACUUAGUUUUCCAGUAGGAUAUCAUCUUUGUCAUGAAGGAUUGCCCAAGUGACGUCAAGCCAUAAUCAUUCCAAACUCAAUACACCUUUGUAAGAUCAGUGUAACUCUCAGAAUCAGGCAAAAUGAUAUGUUAAAUUUUAGGCUAUUUCUCAUAGGCCUCUCCAACAUGCUUCCAUACACGUUAACUUAUUGAUGGAUUCAUCAUGUUUAGCUGUCCUCAGACAUUAUUGUUUGAUACCUUGUCAGAGAGUGCCAUUUUGAAUCAGCUCGAGUACAAACUGAGGUUUUUAGGUUUAACUGAGGUUGAACCAGUUAUAGUUGAUAUUUUUGUGGAAUUAAAGAUAUUUAUGCAGCUAGGUAUCCUUUUCAGAUGAGUGAGUGUUGCUGAUGUAUUUACAAUAUUUGCAUUGUAUGUGUAUAUUGCAUGAUACUCUUGCGAGUAAUUUUUGUAUCAUGUACCAAAUUCUUUUCAAAUUACAAUAAGCACAUUCAUAUAAGCUGUAAAUAGGAAUUUUAUAUAUUUAUAUGCCUUUCUUUGUGUGUUUCAA